GUAAAUAUACGAAUAAGUGUAACGGCGAAGACUUUGAUGAUUCUUCAGAAACUCUGAAGAUCCAGAUAUACUCUUCUGUAAGCAGCAGCCUCAAAUUGGAUUUCAAAGGUGUCUCAUCGUGCCUGGGGGCACUAGGCAAUCCCCCAUCCGCAUCCAUUACCCCAACAACCAGCUCUGAGGAUAUAUCCCACCAGCAGUUUAAUAUUUUUCCGGCUAUAUUUUCCCGGCAACUCAACUUCAACACUUGUCCCCAAAGUAAAUCGAUGAUGGACGAACUAAGGCCGAAUUUGGUGGGGAUGGGGAAUUUGUUGGGAGUUGGAGGACUGUUGGAGGACCAUCACAAUCAUCUGAUGAAUAAUGCAGAGAAGAAUGGCCAAAGGAAGUGCAAUACCAGCGGUUCUUCGGCGGAGGAUUUCAGUGCUUUAUAUGGGGGUAUACCUCAUGGACACGAUCAUCAUACACCAGCUCACACACCCCCUGCUGCUUCGAGGUCGAUCACAGAUCAUAACGAUGGAGCAUUCAAAAAAUUGAAACCGGAGCCUUCAUCAGGAAGCACCGGUAGUUUGGGUUCCGUUUCACCAGCAGGUCCUCAACACGCCGGACACACACCAACCACAGCCUCAUGUCCAACCCCGGCAAGACGAAGACAUAGAACGACCUUUACACAGGAACAAUUAGCAGAAUUAGAGGCAGCGUUCGCGAAGAGUCACUACCCGGACAUCUAUUGUAGAGAAGAAUUGGCUAGAAGUACUAAAUUGAACGAAGCAAGAAUACAGGUCUGGUUCCAAAACAGACGGGCGAAAUACCGCAAGCAAGAGAAGCAACUUCAGAAAGCUCUUGCUCCGAGUGUUCUGCCUGGCUGCAACGGAGCUAUGAUGCGAAACAUUUACCCGGGAGCUGCCAGAGGCUACCAACCCUAUCCACACCCUGCUGCUGCUAUCAACCGAUACCCUCAGAUGACGGCUUCAACAUAUCCAGGAAUGGCGCAGUCGUUCUCUAUGUCACAUGGUUCAAAUAUGACGACAGUUGCAGGAAUGAGGCAGGACGCCAUGAGUAUGAGUGCGGAAGACGAUUGGUAUAAUAAGAGCUUAUCUGCCCUGAGGAUGAACUCUUCUCACCAUCCAAAUCUGGCCGCCCCUAUGUUGCAAUAUCAAACGUAAUGAUGAACUACUUCGGAGAUCAUUUUCGAAGGAAAUAAUAGUAUAUCGGGCAAUAUAACUCAUCAAAGUGUAAAAGAUGAGAUGAACGGAAAUUUCAAUUCUUGAUCUGUAUUUCUUAGAUAUUUGAAGG